CCUAUUUAUAAAAGAAGCCUCACAGCACUGGGUACUGAGCAGAGCACAGACAGAUUGAGAGCAUCUCAUUGGAGUGGAAGCAUCGGCAAAAUGAAGGUGUUGAUCUUUUCCAUGGCCUUGAUUGGAGCCAGUUUUGGAACUGUGAAGCUUGCUCUACCUCCACUAUGUUACACUCAGUGGUUUGACCGGGACAACCCCAGUGGGGGAGAUUAUGAAACCCGGGCUCUACUGACAAUGCAGUAUCCAGGAAAGAUCUGCCCUAAACCCAAGACCAUUCAGGCUGCAACCCUCACUGGCGUACCUGCUGAAAGCAUUGGACAAGUUUUUUCAUCGUAUGAUGUUUCAACUGGCUUUAUCUGCUUGAACCCUCAGCCGAAUGGAGAGUGCUGCUUGGACUAUAAGGUGCGCUUCGGAUGCCCAUGUCCCUGGCCCGUCAUUAUCAAGCCCAAUGUCUCUCUAGCAGAGAUUGCAGAAGAUGCAGCCAUUAACAGGACCAUUAUCUCUCAAACAGAGACUCCAGCAGACAACUAAACAGAUACAACAUUAAACAUUUUUCUUAUUUUUUUCAACUUUUAAUCUCAUAUCUGGAAAAGUCAUGCUACUGCAAUAUAGUGCUCUUACAUGCUUGUGUUAAUGGCCGUGUACUGUUUGCAAGUCCAUUCCAGGCCAGUAAAGGAUGUGAACAUGUGGUCUGAGUGAGAUACGAGAAUGAGUCUUGUAUUCAAAGUCAUCAACACAAGUAUGUAUUUAGACUCUUGGGGUGUAAUGGGAUGGGUCCUAUAUUUUCUAUGCUGCUUUCUGCCUAAAAUUGUAGAAUUCUAAUUCAUCUGGUUUGUGCUGAGUUGUUUAUAACACUUUAUUAAUCCUCAAAGGGAAAUUUGACUGACAUAGAAUAUACAUAAGCAAGGUAAAAAUAGUAAAAUGGGAUAAGUAAAUGUAUAGCAUAAAGUACUAUACAACACUAUACAAUAAAACUAUAAAUAUAUGUACACACACACUCUAUCUAUCUAUCUGAACAUAUAAUAAGAGAAGUAGGACUGGAAGAUGAUGAUUGAGGAUUCAAGAUUGGUGGAAGACACAUCGGUGCUACUUUGUUAAGUGUCUCUAAUAACUAUGUAGUUGCGUAUUAACAAUAAAUACAAUAUCAAUGUAA